ACCAUUGUUGUUAGGGCGGCUUUGAUCGGUCCUUCUUUAAACGUGUGUUACAAAACCAGCUGGUUCCAGGAGCCAAUGCUGGCACUACAGAAUGAGUUCAAAAGUCAAGUCUGAAAAGACAAAGGUGAAGUUCGCCCAGUCAAACAUUAAUCAUGUCUAUAAAGGAAAUACUACAGAAACUCAUCAUAAACCAACUGUGCGACAAUAUGGAAUGCAAGUUGUCGGAAAGCUGCAAGGAACUCGUCGACUGCCGCCGCCGGCUUGGGUCCCUAGUAUCAAAGCUGAAACAGGUGGUUUGGACAGUCGAAUCUCUCUUGUUCCCCCGGGUGGGGGUGGGUGGGGAGCACCAUCCACAUCAACGUCUAACUCUGAACAACCAGCGGCUCUACCAUCUACAGAGUCUGACAGCCGUCCGACUGUACCAACCUUAUCCACCGUGAAUGGCGCAUUAUACAGUGAAACAGUUGGUCUUUCUCUUGACUCGGCUUAUGCCAAAAUUAGUCACGGUGUCUCAGAUCCCGGGGUAACGAAUACAACAACUACGAACGCAGAUACAUCUGUUGGCGUAAAUGGUUCAUUGAAGACGACUGAAGGUCUCCAGGAUGGAUCAUUGAAAAGUAAAGUGCCGAAUCAUUUGUCCAAGCUUCAAAAUGAUAAGCCUAGCUCUGGUGGUGGCGGAGGCUUGGCAGCCAACAAACCAUUUUUCCAAAGGCCAACUCCAGUUGUGGCCACCACUAGUAGUACUCCAACGACUACUACAAAACCUGAAAAUGCAAUCAAGCCAGGUGUUGGUAGCGGUGCCCGUGAAAUCGUUGGUGAACCCAGUGGUUGGGUAGCAAUUGGUCAAGAUCAACUGGAUUUUGAUGAACGCAUCGUAUUCAGCGAUGGUGAAGACUGUGAGGAUGCGGCGAAAGCCAAUCACAAGUCGACUACAGCAACAUCACUUCAACAUAUCCCAUCGUCGGAACAACCUUCACAGUUUCCCGUUUCUCCUCCUGUAGCUUCUGCCAAUAUCAAAAGCAGUAACAUGCACCCAACCGGACAUGGAGCUGUAAAACCCUUUGUUAAUCCAUUAACCAGUCUUUCAGGUAGUAGCGUCCCAUCUCAUGCAUUGUCUGCGCCUCAAAAGAUGUUCAUGGAAAACUCAAGUUUAAUGACAUCCAAUACUGCCUGGUCGGUUGCAGAUAUGUCCUAUGGCGUUAACUCUUCAGGGAGUUGUUUUACAAGGCCACCUCCAACAACGCAGAAUCCUCUUUACAGUAACGUGCCCUCAAUGAUGAAUGCUCCGUAUAGUGGAAUACCUAGCGAAAUUAGUCGUUCUCUACCUAAUGCCCAAUUUAUUAACAGUGCUUCAUCUACUGGUGUUAUGGAAUCUAUGAACCUUCGUGAUACAAGUAAUCCAAAAUAUCCUUUGGAAGAAGACGACUAUGGUAUAUCUUAUCGUUCACAGGGUGGUCCAUCAAAAUCAUUGAAACCGUGGAAUUCAAAAUCGCGAAGUGUUGACGAUACAGCUUUAGAUACUUAUGCGACAAACAGUCGAACUAAUUCUCGGUUCACUAGUGGUGAUGAUCAUCACAAGGUGGAGAGUCGGAAACAACGGAAUACUCCACUUAAAGAUAAUUGUUGGAUGCAUACUGACGAAGUGAAUGUGGAUUUAGAUGUAACUAACUCACCGUUUGUCUCCACUACCAGUGAUGAAAAUGAUGAAAGUGAUGAAUGUGGUGUUCUAAGUGAUGUCCAAGAAGGCGAAGCAACUGAAGAUGACAAAGAGGAAAAUGCUGGUGCUAAUGCUGGGAAGAAGAAAGUCGAUGUUCGUUCAAGCAAGCAUUCUUCACAUCCUAGUAGUAGUCAAAAUGCAGAUAUUGGCAAAGAUAAGAGCAGAAGCUACAACACAUAUAGUAGCAGACGUGGUCGACGCGGACGUGUUGGAACGACGAGUAGUCAUUUUACUAGCUCAAGAAGUUAUACUACAGAUGAAUUCUCUUCCUAUGCAUCUAAGCGUUAUUCUAAAGGUUCUGAACAUGAUUACUAUUGGCGGCAACAAUAUGCCUCAGGUUCGAAAGGACUUCGUACAAGUCAGUCUACUGGAGAGAGUGUUGACCAGCGGAAACAUCGCAGUAAUGACGAUAUGGUUUAUAAGUCGUCUGAGCGUGCUAAUCAUCGUAGUGCUGCAAUAUCUGGCUAUUUCACUGGUGGUGGUCGAAUGACACGAUCCUAUGUACAAUAUGACUCGUCAACAACAUCAACGCGGGAGCAUAACCCCACAAAUAUUAUGGAUAGUGCUUAUUAUUCUUCAUCAAGUGGUAGUGGGCGUCAAAUGAGAUCACAAAAAGCAUUAUAUUAUGGUCAUAGAGGACAGUUUUCUAGUACUGCUGCAGUUGAAUAUUAUUUCAGCGAUGGAGAACAAGAAGAAGAGUUGGAGAACAGAUCACAUGCCACUCGUCGAACAAGCAAUAAUUCCGAUGUCAGGGCACGAAAUCAUGCUGUCAGUGGACGUUUUCAUAAGUCGUAUAGAAGGCAUCCAGCGAAUGUAUCAGCAGCAGCAAAGUCAUCAGAUGCGAGCAAUCCAUCUAGUAUUGAUCAUGAACAGACAACUAAUACCGGAGAGAAUGUAGAUGAUUCGGAUGUGCCUACUGUUCGUGUACCCGCUUCAGACUCCAGUGGUUAUAUGAACCAUUAUACACAUCCACGUAGCAAUAAUCGUCACGGUACACAGAAAGUAUUAGCUCUGUCCAAACGUAUUACAACUAAUCGAGCUAGCCAACAUCAACAACAGCAAUCUAAACGUCUGGAUGGCUCUGCGGCCGUUCUUAGUUCUCGUCGUUAUCGGGAGAUGCGUGACCGAUACAAUGAUGAUGAAAAAGACGAUGAUGGCGGUGGGGCAGCUGCUGGUGGCGGUGGUGCUGGGAGGUCAGCUGCUUCAGGAAGUGGUGGCAAUUCCACCUCGGUGAUGUAUAAAGGCGGUGGUGGAAGUGGUACAGGUAACAACAGUGAUACUCGUGGUGGGAAUCAGAGCGGCAGUGGUGGUGGUCACAGGGAUUCCACGACUGUUGAUUUUGUCGAUGGAGAAAAUCUUCCCGAUACUAAUAGUUUUAUGGUGAACACGGGGACCGGCGAAGGACAGCAACUAGGAGAUGAAAAUAAUGUGGCUUCACGUUCUACGCAACGUCGACGGCAGAUAACAGGUACAGUGGCUGGACCCGCUAACCAGACUGAAGGCACUGGUAAUGGUGGUGUAUCGACAUCUCCAUCAUCUUCAAAAAAGACCGAGAAAUCUUCGCGCUUCUCACGGACCGCUGGGUCAAGUAAUCAUCAGCAUACUUACACUACUGCACAUCGUAGUUAUCCACGGAUUUCAAGAACCACCAGUAGUACUACUACCUACAACAAUCAUGCUAAUCAUCAUAGACGGAAUAAUGAUAACUAUGACUAUUACUACUACGGCUACAACUAUGACUACUACUAUAACUACCACAGGUAUUCAACAAUACCACCAUUAAUGUCUGUUAAACCAAAUGUGUCCUUAUCAGAAAAUACCUACGAUUUAGAUACAUGGACUACUAUUAAUGGUAAACGUUCUUCUGAUGAUCGUAAAACUGACACAGUUGGCGGGACUACUACAAAAGAUGUUGGUCUCGAGAAGAAGCCUGCACAAUCAUCGAUUGAAGAAAAUGAGCAGUUCGGCAAACAAUUUCAUCAACCUGCUGGUGUUGAUUAUGAUAAUGACGAUGUGGAAGAUACUUCAUUUGUGAGUGGCGAUGGAUUUACUAAAGUUGUUUCAAAGUCGAGUAAAUAUUUUGCCCGUCGAAAGCUACAACAACAACAACGAAAAGAAGAAGAGGAAGGGUUAGUUAAAGUCACCUCUAGUAAUAGCGAGGGCAGACCAAAAAAAUCUGGUACGUCGUUAUAUAAUACAAAAACGCAUAGUAAUCCUGUCACGCGAACAGUGUCGUUGGCGUCUAGUCGUGCACAAAAUCAGACAGACACGGUGAUGACAACGACUUCUGAUUCCAAAAAUCUGCCGAAUGGAUUAUCUCCAAUGAAAAAAAAAUAUCUGCCAAGUAAAAUAACAUUUAUGGGUCCACCAAUGUCAUGCUUAGAAGUAUCUGAGAACGUUGGUAAUUCGAUAACAACAGCAGCUUAUAAUCAGCCUAUUACAACAUGCAAUAGUGCCUGUACUAUUUCAACGAUAUCCACUUCGUCAGUAUUGCAGAAAAUAUCUAUUUCAACCACAGCAACGACAACAACCACGCGUACAUGGUCAAAGGUAGUUGGGACAAAGUUUGCUAAAACUCCUCAGCCAACGUCAGCACUAUCAGGAAAUCCUAUUGAUGAAUCAACUCAUAAAGCCUCGUCAUCAUCAUCGAAUUCAGUUUGGCAAACCGAUCAAGUCAAACAGAUUGUGGGAGUGAUGAAUAGUAAUAAUAAUACUGAACCGCAAAACACUCAUGGUGAUAAUAUGCUUCCGAAGACAAACAAUAGCAGCACCACAUCAGAUACAACAACCAAGACUAUUGCGACAACGAUCAAUAAUAUGCAGUCUUUAUGGUCAACGAGUGAUGAUUCUCUUGUUAAUAAGAGUAACAACCGUACAAGUAAAAAUGAUCUCAACACUUCUAUUCCUACCGCGACUACGACUACUACCGUUAUUUCAUCGGUAGUCAGUCCAUCGUUGUCAACAACCGCUGCCGCCUCUUAUUCGUCAUCAUCUCAAAUAUCGAAUAAUAUAUGCAAAGUAAAACCUCAACAACAGCUGUUACAAACAACAGCGCCCAUCUCAUCGUCCCUAGUGUCCAAUUCUAUGAUGUCUGUCAACCCGCUCAGUCCAAAUAAUAUUGUCCUGAUGGAAAAUGUUACGAAUAUUGCAGCCGCUACUGGCACAGACAUGGUGAUGAUGAUGGCUUCCGAGCCAUUAGAAAGAUCAGAUUAUGAUUGUUGUAGUGAUGUUGGGGGUGGGGGUGGUCAGCAUUCGACGAAUACAACAUUGUUAAGAUCACAUGCUACUUCUGAAGGUGUACUGCCGUCAUCGUCUUCAUUAUCAAAUGUAUCGUUUCAACCUUGGGUAUCACCCUCACAGAGUGCAUUUUCUUCAGUGAAUAAUCCAUCUCUGUCAUCAACCACCACUAUCCCGUUGAUGAAUCGACAUGACGCAACAAUGUUUUCAACAACACCAAGUUUAUGGCCACCAAUGUUGGAUCAACAAAAUAUUGUUGAUAUGAUGAAUAUUAGUUGUUUAACAGGUGGUAGUACUUCUUCAUCCUUUGUCGGUGGUGGUCAUCCGAGUCACUUGGUAUCAAGUGUCCUGUCAUCACAUAAUACUAACAGUGGUAUCACUAUGUCAUCUCUUGAUGGUUUGAACAAACAGCCCAGUAGUAUCUCUAAUUCACCCCGGCAACAACACCAGCAAGCACACCAGAUACAUUCUUAUCAAAAUUCUGUUUUACCAUUGACGUCUGAUCGACUGAAUAUCUAUUCAAAUGGUCAUUAUGUAAAUAAUAAUAACACUAAUAAUAAUAAUUCGCCGGAGAUGCAAAAAUUGUCACAACAGAUGACAUAUGUCUCCGGUGUAGGAGCUGCAGCAACACCGUUAUAUGUUCAUCCUCAGUCAACAACAAUACAACCACCAGUAAUGCCAAUGACACCACAGUCAGCACAUUCACGUUCUUUUCAUCAAUCACUUCAACCACAAAUAAGUCAAUCAAGAAAAUGUCGACAGAUGCCGCCUCAGCCAGCACCACAUAUGGAUCCGAAUACGUUUGCCGCUGCAAAUGGAUAUACUGGUUAUCCUACAGAUUUAAAGAUGGACUUCAUUAGUGGAUUGACGUACAGAUAAGAGGGAUCGGAUAGACAGAAUGAAUCGUCGUUUUCCACAUUUAGACAUACGUUUUCUGAUUUUGCUCUAUACGAAUUCCCGCGACUCUCCAGUCAGCCGCCUGAAUCAUCAAUCUAUCUACUUUUGACUCCAUGUAUUCUGUGUGAAGGUCAAGAAUGUGUUGAAUAUCUAAAUAUUUUUCUUAACUUUCUUUCCUUCCUCCAUCCACAUAAGUUUGCCUGGCUAAUAACCUUAUGUUUUUUCUUGCAAAACAAUGACAACUCAAAAAGCGAAACAGAGAUUGUCUUGGUUCUUUUCAGCUCGUUUUUAUCUUGGUUUGAUUGAAUCUUGUGCUUCCAGUUAACUAUGGCUUUUUAAGAAACCACUGAGUCUUAAAUCUUUGAUUCUUAUUUCACGUCGUUCAAGCUCUUCUUCCCACAGUGCACCAGUGAGAAAUUUAUUUGCAACGAUGUUUGUUUAGUAAUAAAUAGUAGUAAUUGUCACCAUUGUGCGUUUGAUAUCUUGCGCACCCACCUCAUAGCACUCGGAGACUCUUGGUGUGUAGAGAUCUGCAACCGAGUGCUUUAUCUCUGCCUAGCCGUUGUCGUAUAUGUUGCUACGCAUGGCAAGGUAGACUGAUUUUCUGUGUAACUAAUUGUCAGUGAUGAUGAUAAUGAUUUUACGUGGAUCCCCGUCGCCCCUCCGUUUCAUGCGGUAAUUUUAAUUAUUAUUUUUAGAGAAUUGUCUAUUCAAUGUGUUUUGCCUGUGAUUUCUGUGGAAGUUUUAAAAAGGAUCUAAUAUCUAUUCCUAUGAUUGUUGUACACCAUUGUUUCACUUCAGUUUUUGUUUUUUGGUCGCAUCCUUUUUUAUCUCUCCCUGUUCUUUCCUUUUUUAAUUCUUCCUUUUCUUCUUGUAAACGGCACAUUACAUAUGAAUAUUUGUUUGUGCAUGUGAGUGUGCGUCUUGUUUACAAAAGAAAAUAAAUUUAAAAUGUG